AUGUCGGACCUUCCAGUAAAUGACCACCUCGCAGGGAUAUUAUCAGAUUUUGAAGGAUUACGCCAUCGCAAAUGGCGGCUCGGAAUGCGCUUUCCAGAUGUGCUUUUGGGUGCCAGCAAUUACCUGAUACCGGGGUCUCCUUAUCUUUCUGCGCAGAGGGCAGGUUGGGGCUUGCGGCCUCGGUGGAACUUGUCGAGUCCUCACAUACGCAUCCUCAGACUGCCUGGAGCCUGCAGAAGCUGUGGGCUAAUGGCUGCUAGUAAUCAGAUUAGAACUGAUUUCCUCUUCUGGGAUUUCCUGUACAGCGUUUGUCCCUUUGAGUACAGUGUUCCAGCACUGAAGAGAUCUUUCGACACGGAAGAUGGGGAUGACAUUCCGUCAUUUUCCUCAAAUUCACCGGUUUCCACCCCCGUUUCGCCCUCCUCCUGCCAUUUCUUUCUCAACCACAGUAAAGCAAAGGAAGACAAGGGGGAAGGGGACCAACCUCCCUCUUUUGCCUUCAACAACAACAACAGCAUGGGCUCUGUGCCCCACUCCCGUAUCCGGCUGAGUUCCAACCCCAGCCCCAACAUUAAAACCCGUACAGUAGGUAGCAGCUUGUCAUUCAACCGAGGAACCAUGAACAAGCCGGUCAUCCACAACAAUGGCUCCUCCGUAACCAGAGCCGCUUCUUUCCAAAGCAGGCUGAAUCCUACUAUCUGCUCCCCCUUGUCCGGACCAGGAAGCGACAAUGACAGCCUUCACAGCUCGACAUCCAGCUUAGAGUACUCUAGUGGGGUGGGUUAUACCCUUCCCCUUAACAAGCUGACAUAUCACAGUCCUCCAUCUCAGAGGGAAUACCGCGGAUCCCAGGUGCAGCAGCCCCAACGAUACCAUGAAGCCAACAUAAAGAAGUUCUCCCCCCUCGGUAACAUUCUCAAGUCAAUCAAUCAAGGACAAGGGACGAUGAUGGGUAUGACUGAGCCUCAGGAGAUGAACCACGGUUCCACCACUGUUAUUGACUUCCAGAUCCCAAACGAUGGAACUGGAGCCAUGGAAAUGCAACGAGGUGGUGGUGAAGGGAGGCUCUCUCCAGGGAUGAAGUAUGUUGACGCGAACGCAAACUGGAAUGGAAUGCUUCACAAUGUUAGUUAUUUUGGAGAAAGCGGCUCCAAAACGGCUAGUCCUCAGCAAGGGACCCACAUUCUCAAGUCCCCGCCGGCCAAGGCCAAAGGAACUCCCCGUCUUAAUAAGUUUCCCCUGGAUCUUGACAGCUUAGUCAACAGCAUCUCAACAACAUCCCCCACCAAGGCUGAGGGUGAUUAUUUGAGUGGAGAUGCCCCAAGACGCCCCCCGCAGAGCUCAAGCAACCCUCAGCACCACAUCAGUCCCACGUCCACAGCAGCCAGCUCUUCAGCCUCUCUCAGCAGCCUCGACAGUUCUUCUGAAACACCUUUCCGCCCGUAUAACUAUACCCAUUCGCCCCCCUCAUCAAGCUCCCCGUUUCCUUCACAGGGAACUAUCUCUUCCCCAAAGAUGAGUUGCUCCCCUGUGCCCCUUUCUCCAACCGGGAGCCGUCACCUGGGUAUUUCGUCAGGAUCCCCAGUUGUUCAGAUGGCCCCCAAUCCUCAUAGCCCUUCCAGCCUCUCCAGCACCUCCAGCCCUAGAGUUACCAGGCCACUUGAGGGUGGUAAAUAUGAAGCAAAAGAUAGCGUGGACUUAAUCUUGCAGAGAAUUGCCUCGUUCUCCCGACCUGACGCCACCUCUGCACACGGGGCCCAAAUCCAAAAACCCACCCAAAGGAAUGGUUCCUUUGGAUGUCCCACUGAGACAAUGCCCAAGAAUACGUGGAAAGAGGGAAAGAAGAAUGGAUAUGGAGCCUGUCAUCUCAUUACCAUAACUCGCCAGACGUCGGACAGAUAA